AUGGGAAACAAUCUAGGAGGAGGGAACAAAGCCAAGGUGAUGAAAAUCAAUGGCGAAACAUUCAAGUUAAAGACUCCGGCAAGGGCCGGUGAGGUCGUUAAGGAUUAUCCAGGUUAUGUAUUAUUGGAUUCCGAAGUUGUUAAGCAUUUUGGAAUUCGUGCUAAGCCAUUAGAGCCUCAACAAGAAUUGAAGGCCAAGAAAAUAUAUUUCCUUGUAGAUUUGCCUAAAAUUCCUGAUGAGGAGAAGGAUGUUAGGAAUAGCAGGAGGGUUCGGUCAGGCAUCCACAUGAGUGCCAAAGAUCGGCUCGAGUGCUUGAUGUUGUCUCGGAGAUCGGUUUCUGAACUUUCGGUGGUUAGACCCUCGUCGAGUCAAACUUCCGAUGGACCAGGACCGGUUCGGGUGAAAGUGAGGCUGCCUAAGGCCCAAGUGCAAAAAUUGGUGGAGGAGAGCAAAGAUGAAGUCGAGGUGGCCGAUAAGAUUAUUGAUCUUUACAUGGGAAAUUCCGGUGAGGUUAAUGGUGCGGAUGGCCACCGGCAUGUGCAUUGGAAGCCGGAGCUCGGUAGCAUUACGGAGAGUUUCAAGGCAACUAAG